AUGGCGGCUGCCUCGGAAGCUCAGGCGGGGCCUCCACAAACAUCUCAGGAUAUUCUGGGUCAAGUACGAAAAUUUAUCCGUGGUGCAAAUUAUGAGGAGAAAGUAUCUGGGGAGGAGUUGUGCCAGUCUGCGCUGUAUUUGCUGCGGACAUUACCAGCGGCCAGGCACGCUGUGCUGGAGUACCUCUGUAAUGUCUUCACUGAGGCGGUCAACUCACAUCUACUGCAUCUCCAACUCGAAACAACUGUGGCAGAUGAAGAUGGAGUGAAGUUUGACAAUAUCAUACAAAAUGCCUCUGGAGUCCUGUUGAACUUUGUCAGGUCAAAUCCAGCAGCCUGGGCACCCAUCAUAUCCAGUUGGUCAUUGGAGUUGUUAGGUCAGAUCAGCAGGAAGUACUCUCAGCGUCACGGGGUGCCACACUCUGACAGCCUUAAUGAGGUGUUACAGCUUUGGAUGACCUGUGGUGCCACCAAGGCGCUCAUAGAAAUCGCCACCGAAUGCUUUGAUGCCAUGGUUUGCGGGGCACCGGACGUUUGUGUAGACUCGCUGCUGGAAGCGUCGGUGAAGUACAGCCCCUAUUUUGACUGGGUCGUCGCUCACAUUGGGUCUUGCUUCCCGAAGACAAUCAUUGCACGAGUACUUAUGUGUGGGCUUAAAGAUUUCUGCACCCACGGAGGAGGGCAAUCAGAAUCCACGUCCUCCGCGACAUCAGAAGAUAAGACACCUAAGAUGGCGUCAGUGGUGGGAAUUCUGGGACAUUUGGCAUCCAAGCAUGGGCAGGAUAUUCGCAGGUCACUCAUGACCUUAUUCCAGGAGAGUCUUACAGCGGAGAAUGAUCCUAGAAAGCUAUCGACUGUUCCGUUCCUCUUACAGCUGGCGUCCAUGUCUCCCAUGCUGUUACAAGUGCUAACCACAGAUUUUCUGAAGGCUUUGACCCCAGAAGUCGUGAACAAGCUCCGCGAGCAGUUUUCUCAGUGGCACUCGUUAAACCUUGGCGAUUAUGACAGCUUGCUCAGUCUGUGUGUUCACCUUGUGAUGAAGAGUGAUGUAGGGGCUCAUCAGGUGCUACAGUUCCUCCUCGAUGUGGCCUUCCCUUCCCCCCAGUCAGCAGGUUCCAUGCAGACAGAGGGUUAUCAUCCUCAGGUACAAACGAUCUGCCUGUCUGUCCUUGAGCAGUUGACCUCUGACCUUCAGAAGGCCGUGUUUAAUCGUCGUCAGAGUUCACAGGGAAUCCCGUUUCUGGCAUCACUUUCGUCCUGUUCCACGGAUCUCACUCGACAGCUGCUGAAUGCUGAUAACCAGAGCAGCGAGUGGAUAGUACGUAUCCUCGGUUACAUCUGUCUGUACAAUGACGUGGGGUGUGCUUCUACAGUUCUCUGUCAGAUCAUGACAGAGGCCCAGACACCCAAACAGGUAUCUCGUUUUAUUCACCUGCAAACAUUUCUGGAGACCAGGAUGAGUAAGAUCCUGCGAGCUACAGUGGACAAAAUCGUGGACGCUCUUCAGCCUAGUAGAGGGAUCAACAAGGCAGAGGUGUUGCGCAAUUUAUUGUAUGUUGUGAAGUGGGAGAAAAGACCCACUGCACAGGAGAGUGAAUCUGUCAGAUGUUUACUUCACACAGCUCUUCAACCUCACAUCACUCUGUUCUCAUCCUUGUUAAAUCACCCUGAUGACAACAUUGCCGUGGCAACCUUAGAACUGGUUCAGGUUAUGGGAAUACCACGCUCCUUGCAGUCCAAUGUCCUGCUUCAUCUCUGCCACUCACUAACCUCCAUUUUGUUCAGAGCCUUUGGAAACCCAAGUGCAAAGCAAGCUGGGAAGGUGGUGAGACUAACCAAGACCUGUGUCAACGCCCUGUGUGCUCAGCCGUGCGCCCAGAGUCUUAUUCUAAAGGGCUUAAUUGAGGGGUCGUUAGCACCUGAAACACGUGAACUGUUUGGAGGCAAAAUUGACCUGACGACAGCUAAGGCCCCUGCCCCGUCCCCCGUGUCACUGUUUGAGGAGAACUGUAAACACGGGGUCUCCAUGACACUUCCCCAGUCCCACUCCAGUGUCUUCCACGCCGGUAUCAUUGGCAGAGGUCUCAAGCCCAGAGAGAAACCAUCCUCAUUCUCUAAGGACCAAAUACAGCGCAAUAAGAGCCACCUACUGGAUGUAUUGUGGCUGGCCAGUAGCAUCGUCAGUGUCUCCCACUACCACGGAUCAGGUGAUGCUGUCUCCAUGGAGACGGAUUCAGGGGAGGUAAAUACUCGAGGCUCAGGACCGUCACCCACUCUGAGUCGUAAGAUCGCAGGGAUGCUGGUGCACUUGGUGACCCCAGACGUGUUGUACAACAGCAUUGCGUGGCCUGAAGAAGAUUUCCUGCGGGCUACUAUUGAAAGAGAUCUGCAUGUGUUCAAACAAUUUGAGGAGAAUCCAGUCUUGUGGGACGUUAUGGAGCUGUGGUCCACAUCCCAGAUGUUUGCAUGUUUCUGCUCACCUGUGCUACGCUCGCUCACCGCCACACUGAUCAUCCAUUUUGAGAACGCCAGGGACAAAUCCGCGAGGAACUCUCCUAAACAGCUGGAGUAUGCCAGAAGGGUGGUUUACUGUUUGAAACGGGGCAACAUGCUGCCAUCUCCACUGGGGAUGAUUGGGGAAAUCUUUCAGGAUUUGUCUCCCUUUGAGGUCCAUCUCUUGUUACUGAACUCGUGGAGGUACAUAAAGGAAAAUCCCCCUCAAUUGGAUGGACCUCCAAGAGAGUGUGAUUCGCAUUAUUUGGAUGUACUUCGAGCAGUGUUGCACAAAAACAUCGGGAAGCUUGGCCACCAUUAUUCUAGGAUGUUCGACAUUGCUAACAGUACAGCGUCAUGACCUUAGACAAGCUGCCAGUUGACCUUGAGAACUGCACAAUGAAUUAAUAUCACCAUAUCAUGCAUGACCUUGGAUAUGCUGAAGAUUGACCUCGAGAAGUUUAAGGCUAAUAACAUUACCAUGUGAUUACCAUUGGACAUGCUGAAAGUUGACCUUGAAAAGUGGAAACCUAAUCCUACAGCCUUGUAACAUUAAAAAGUGCUUACAUGUAAAAAUCCUCUUUGAGAAAAGUUUCUGUAUCAUUCACACAAACAGUCAGAGGCCACUGUCACAAAAUUUCAUAAAUCAGAUGAUACUUUUUUUUCCCGCAAAUGCCGAACUGUUGUCCGUUUGACCAGUCAAAGACCCUGAACAUAGGUGGCCUGUAUAACGUCAUGCCCAUUUUUAUACCAUUACGUGAUUGAAAUGGUAAAUGUGUGUGUCAAGAACUGGCUCUUAAACAACAACUCUUAACCUGCAAACACACAGAUACGCAUUUGCCGAGGCGAUCAAGUCCAUAAGUCAUAAUCAUGUAUUCAUUCAUUCAUUCAUUCAUACAUUCAUACAUUCAUGAGCCAUACAGUGUUCUAAGAACUCUUUGUUUUUGUUCUCAUUUGUCAUGCAGUCUUCUUAGAACACUUUGUAUGGUUUUCCUUUGCCAUGCAUUAUUCUAAGAACUUGUGUUGUUUUCAUUUGCCGUGCAAUUCACUACGAAUUCUUUUUGCACUUCGGGAGACCACAAUUUUUGUGGAAUGGCAAUAGUAAUCGUAAUACAACAACAACAACACAGCUUUGGUUAAAAAUGUAAUAUCUUUACCAGGUACAUGUUUUUGUCGUUAUUCAUUUCAAGUAUCAGUUGUGGUGCUAAAAACAUCAUCAUUUCGUUAAGCUAUCAUGAAGUCAGACGUCAUCAUUGCUAACCACAGAGUGCCAUCAAUAUAGCAAAAGUACAAUCGAAGACAGGAAAGAGACGUUUUAAGUGGGAAGUACAUAGAGCAGUAAUACAUCAUC